UAUUCUGGAACAUGAAACAUCCAAACAAUUAGUAAUCAUGCAUAUAAUUAAGUAAUUAGCCACUCCAAACUUACACUUAAAACACCAUUUUUUUCUCGGAAGAGGAGUUAAAGCUAGCAGCUACACAACAAUGCCAAUCAGCAGGAAGUUUCGGACGUGGGCCAUCUUGACGGCAGUUAUAGCCGUUCUGAUCGUCUUCGUCGGGCCAUCCAUCAUCGGACCGGAGAGUAUAGUAGGCUCGAAAAACGUCCUAACCACGGCGACGAUGAUCCCGCUUCCCGUUGAUGGACCGGAGAGCCUGGACUGGGACCCAAAAGGGGAAGGCCCAUACGUCGGCGUUACCGAUGGUCGCAUACUCAAAUGGCGCGGUGCGGAUCUUAGCUGGGUCGAAUUCGCCUACUCAACUCCCCACAGAGGGAACUGUUCGAAACAUAAGGUGGAACCUGCGUGUGGAAGGCCUUUAGGAUUGAGCUUCGAAAAGAAAUCGGGAGAUUUGUACUUCUGUGACGGUUACUUAGGGGUAAUGAAAGUAGGACCUAACGGAGGAUUGGCCGAGAAGGUCGUGAACGAGGUAGAAGGUCAGAAAAUCAUGUUCGCGAAUCAAAUGGAUAUAGACGAAGAAGAUGAUGCUAUCUACUUCAACGAUAGCAGCGACACCUACCACUUCGGGGACGUAUUCUACGCGUUUCUCUGUGGCGAAAAGACGGGAAGAGCGAUUCGAUAUGACAAGAAGACAAAAGAGGCCAAAGUUAUAAUGGACCGUCUCCAUUUCCCCAAUGGUCUUGCCAUAAGCAAAGAUGGUUCGUUCGUGCUUUCCUGUGAGGUCCCAACGCAACUUGUGCAUCGAUAUUGGGUCAAAGGACCUAAAGCCGGGACCCGCGACAUAUUCGCAAAGCUCCCUGGCUACGCUGAUAACAUCAGGAGGACCGAGACAGGGGAUUUUUGGGUUGCCUUGCAUUCCAAGAAAACUCCGUUUUCUAGGUUUUCGUUGAUGCAUCCGUGGAUUGGAAAGUUUUUCAUGAAAACGUUGAAUAUGGACCUGUUGGUUUUUCUCUUUGAAGGAGGAAAGCCUCAUGCGGGUGCUGUGAAGCUCUGCGGCAAGACCGGUGAGGUUGUGGAGGUUCUUGAAGAUAGUGAAGGGAAGAAUAUGAAAUUCGUAAGUGAGGUUCAAGAGAGAGAUGGUAAGCUCUGGUUUGGGUCUGUCUUUCUUCCUUCUGUUUGGGUUCUCGAUCGUCAGUGAUCUAUAUGAUUACAGAUUUUUAAAAGUUUUUAAAUUACCGUCAUUAGGAUCUUUCUUUUGUCUACGUCCCAUGUGUGUGGAUUUGAAUCUUUGAUAAUAAGUCGAGAAUUUUUAAAAAGUAUUUGCUGUAUCCGGUUAGUCCUGCUUAAGCUAAGUCCUGCAAGACUCUUGGUCUUAUACUAUAAUGAAAUGUUGGCUUCUUCUC